CUCGCGACCGCGCCCCCCCACGACCUCGACCGAGUACAAGACUCCGUCGACGAGACCUCAAGAAGGUUCUCGCACGCCGCCUCCGUUCCGCGGAGCGUCGUUCACGUCGCAGCGCCGCCGCUUCCACAGCGCGCCUCGACUUUUUUCCGGUCGCGAAACCGGCACCGCAGAUUCUUCCGCUCGCGGCUGAAUCCUCCGGCAUGGCCGCUCAAGCCGCGCUUCCGCGGAUGACCGCCGCGUCUCGCGUCGGUCAAACCCGCGCGAGGACUCGGCAGAACGUCCUCGCGUCCCGCGGCACGCCGAAGGCUGCUCCGGUCGUUCGCUUCGACCCGCUCGGGGUGCACUUCCGGAACGCCUCGCGCGUACGGCUCACGAAGGUUUCCGCUCGCUCGCGCGCCUCCGUGAGGGUGCACGCGGAGUCCGGCGUCGCGGACCGCUCCGGCGAGUCCACCGACAGAGCGCAGGGCACGUUCAACGCGGCCAUGCAAGCGCCGUCCAUGGCGAAGAUCGGCAGGCAGCUCGGCGGCGGCGGCGCCGCGACGCUCGAGAAGACUGGGAUGGACACGUCGCAGCAGAUCUCCGUGUCGAGCCCGAAGCUCGCGGAUAACGGCGGCGGCGGGAUGCCCCCCGGCGGGAUCAAGAACGGCGGGGGCGGCGGCGACGGCGACGAGGGCGACGACGACGACUACUUCGACGAGGGCGACGACGAGGGCGGGGACGACUCCUUCCUCACGACGCGGUCGCCCAUCGGAGAGACGUACGAGCGCGACGCCAUCAACGCCGUGCUCCAGGAGUGGUUUCGCACGCUGACCGACGUCCCGUACGCGAUUCGCAUGGCGAUCGAGAUGGGCAUCGUGUCGUCGAUGCAGCUCGUGAGGUUCAUGUCCGUGGACGUGCGACCGAGCAUCGUGCGCGCGGUGAGCAGGAGCACGCCGUCGUCGGUGAGCCGGGCGUUUGUGGGCCGCCUCAUGGCGGACCCGGCGUUUCUGUGGAAGCUCGGGUUCGAGCAAGUGGUGACGAUCGGCGGGGCGAUCGCGUACGAGGCGGCGCACAGAGGCGACCGUCUCAAGGAGGAGUGGGACUUAGCCGCCGCGAACGUCAUACAGCUGUCGCUCGCGAACGCGAUGACGGUCUGGUGCCUCACGCCGACGCGGUCGUUUGGCGCGCAGCACAAGUUUGGGUGGCAGCGGGUGAUGGACUCGAUCCCGAACAACGCGUUCGAUAAGUGCGGGCCUCUGAGGCAGUACACCAUGGGCAUGCGCGCGGCGUCGGUCGCGAAGAAGGCGACGGAGCUGUCCGCCCUCGGCGCGAUCACCGGCGGGUUGUUCCACGGCGUCAACAAGGCGUUGGUGUCCACGCGCGGGGAGGGGUUCGAGCCGGCGUUGCCCGUGCCGGACCUGAAGACGUCCAUGCUCGGGAUGGGGGCGUACCUCGGGUUGUCCUGCAACCUGCGGUAUCAGCUCAUCGGCGGCGCGGACAGGUGGAUGACGGAGCGUCUGACGACGCUCGCGUCCGCGAUCACCGCGACGGGGCUCGGGAGGUUGGCGAACAACCACUUUGGGGACAUGACGCGGGUGAUCGCGCUCGGGCUCCCGAUGCACGCGACGACGAUCAAGCCGGCCGCGAAGCCGACGAAGAAGAAGACGGUGAAGAAGGUGAAGAAGACGAAGAAGAAGGUGAAGAAGAGCAGCAGGGAGGCGCGCGAGGCGGCGUACGCGUAAGCUCUUCGCUUCCGUCUGAGUUGGUUUGUCUUCUCGUCGAGUUGAUUCUUUGGUUCCCGAGCGAAUACGGUCGACGGGAACCGUAUACUAUUACGGUUUCGGGCGGUGUGGCGUCGCCUCCCAAAAGCAACAGCGUGUCCUCUCGUGAGGACUGGUGGUAGAACAGAUGUGACCGUGUGUAAACGUGCUUAAAAGUGCACGUCGCGACGACCUAGCCCGACUCGCGGCACUCGGAAAAAGAAAAAAAAGAAAAUUGUCUUUUGAUGAAUACGAUUUGAACAAAGUUCUUG